UCUAAAACCUUAGUCAUAGAAACAUGAACUCAUUUUUUCAAAUGCUCCUUUCUCUAUGGCCUCUAGUAUUUUUUUGGUGUUUUGUCAUAUCCAUCAUCAUACAAAAUGUUUCUGCUAUGACUCUACCAAACAAUGAAACAGUGCCAGCAGUUAUUGUAUUUGGUGAUUCUAUAGUAGAUUCAGGAAACAACAACUAUAUCACAACUCUUAUCAAAUGUGAUUUUCCACCAUAUGGUAGAGAUUUUACUGAUGGAAAUCCAACUGGGAGAUUCAGCAAUGGAUUAGUCCCAUCAGACAUCAUUGCUGCAAAAUUUGGAGUCAAGAAUUUUUUACCUGCUUAUCUUGAUCCUAAUACACAACUUCAAGAUCUUCUCAGUGGUGUAAGCUUUGCCUCAGGUGGUGCUGGAUAUGAUCCUCUAACUGCAGAAUUAACGUCUGUGAUAUCAUUAUCAGGUCAAUUAGACAUGUUCAAGGAGUACAUAAAGAAGGUAGAAAAAGCAGUUGGAAGAAACAAAAGGAAAAUAAUAGUAUCAAAGAGCAUAUAUAUAGUGUGCAUAGGAAGUGAUGACAUUGCUAAUACUUAUGCUCAAACACCAUUUAGGAAUGUCCAAUAUGAUAUUCCAUCAUACACAGAUUUCAUGGCUUCAGAAGCCUCAAAAUUCUUGCAGGAACUAUAUGGACUAGGAGGUAGAAGGAUUGGAGUAUUCAAUAUACCAGUUAUAGGGUGUGUGCCAUCACAAAGAACAAUUAGUGGAGGCAUGCUUAGAGUAUGUUCAGAUUCUUCCAACCAAGCAGCAAAACUCUUCAACUCUAAGCUCUACUCCAAAAUGAGGGUACUUGGGAAAAUGUAUUCAGAUGCUAGAUUUGUAUAUCUUGAUUCUUACAACCCUUUGAUGGACAUCAUUCAAAAUCCUACUAAAUAUGGUUUUAAUGAGACAGAGAAAGGAUGCUGUGGAACAGGGAAUAUAGAAGUUGGAAUUUUGUGCAAUCCAUUCAGCAUAAACACAUGCUCAAAUCCUUCAGAUUAUGUAUUUUGGGAUAGUUAUCAUCCUACAGAGAAGACUUAUUAUGUGCUUAGUUCACUUGUACUUGAUAACAAAAUCAAGGACUUCUUUUAAAAUCACUUGUUCUGAACUGCUAUUUAAUAAUCUAUUUUUUUCUUUUUCUCCUACCUACUAUUGCAUAAUUAGA